GCCGGUCCCACGUCGUUCGAUUCUUGAUAUUGUCGUUCGAUUCUUGAUAUUAUUCGCGAGGAAAAAACUUGCUCGGAUGAACAAACCGACAGGAUGCAGCAUCGAAUCCAUUGGCUGUCCUGAACAAAACCCACUUCUCUCCUUCCUUUUCUUUCCUCGUUUGUUUCCCUUUUGCUAGAUUUGGUUCUCUCUCUCUCUCUCUCUCUCCCCUGUACAAGAAGCUUCGAGCGACAUGGGUUCAUCACCCUUGAGCUAAAGGGUAGCGACUGCUGCCAUCCCGUGGUGGAUGCAUAGCCCACCUGCAUGAUUUUCCGUGAAUGUCUGAAAGGCUCAGAGAGUGAUGGCAGCAGCUGAAGCCAGAGCUGUAUGGCAGAGAACAAUAAACCGUUAUUUUGUACAGGAGGAUGCAAAAAGAGCCCCCAAAUUAGCUUGCUGCCAAUCAUCAUCAUUGACAUCUAAACAGGUAGAUGCUGGACCAACCACCACAGCCCAUGAGGGUGACCAUCCAGAUAUAGGCUUCCUGCCUGCCAAUGGGAAGCCUUUGUUUUCUGAUCUUCACGAUGACACAAGAUGGUGGCUUCAUCUCCAGCCAAUCCAUGGGUUCCAAAAGGUUUUAAUGAGUGAAAAAAUAGAUCUCCUUGAUGUUGAGAUGGAAAGUUUGAAAACAGGCUUGGGAAAUUUAUAUUCUGAGUCACAUAAGAUGGUCUUGCAGGAUGAAGAAGACGGAAAGAAUUUUGAUGGUAGAGAGCAAGAGUUGGAAGCCAAAGAUAGUGAGGGGGCCAAAGAUAUCAAGGAUAUCGGUAUGGGAGGCAGCUAUGCCUGCAUGCAAAUAGAUGAUUUUGGCUCAUCAGUGUCCAAGCAACUUACUGAACUUGGUUUUGAGCCGGAUUCUCCAUGGAUUAGUAAUGCAAAGAUUGACCCAUGGUGGCGUGCGAUGGAUAAGACUGAAGUUGCCUCCUUGGUUGCUACGAAGUCGCUUGACUGUAUUGAGAAUUGUGAUCUUCCCCCGCCUCAGAAACUUCAUGUUAAGCGACACGCCUGCUCAAAAAUCCGAUGCUUCGAUCAAGAUAAUCCUUCUCACUUGAAACCGCAGUCAAGGGUUCUUUCAAGACCACCUGUUUGGUCACAUGAUUCUGAACCUGAUGAAACGGUUGGAACAUGUGUGGCUUCAUUGGGAGAAUAUAUGCCUGGCGAGUUGCGCAGCAGAAAUACUUACAUUGGUGGCCCCGAGGAUAUUAAGGAAGCAUAUGAAGUUCCUGAUGGUGAUCCUUGCAAGUCUCAGCUUUUGGAAGCACUCCGGCAUUCUCAAACACGAGCCAGAGAAGCAGAGAAGGCAGCAAAGCGAGCUCAUGAAGAGAAGGAGCACAUCAUCGAGCUCCUCUUCAGACAAGCUUCUCAAUUCUUUGCCUACAAGCACUGGUUUCAUCAAUGGCAACUAAAUGCGUUAUACUUGCAAGCUGAGAACACUGAUCAGCCAGUUGCCACACCUGUCCCUGCCAUCCAUCCUUGGAUGCCUGGUAAAGGUAUAAUAGCGCGGACGAAACCGCUUAAGAAUGCCAAUACUAGACAGGGAGAACGAGGACCGCUGUGGCUAGACAUUACUAAGUAUGCGUUCGCCAUGGCCUUAGGUUUGAGCCUUGUGGGUGCUGGUUUGCUCGUGGGAUGGACCAUUGGCUGGUUAUUGCCUCCUUUUUAGACAAUGUACGUAGUUGCGCAAAGCCAAGCCUUCACUGCUGCUUUCUGAAGGAGCGUUGCAUACAUGAGCACGAUCGGUUGCCAUGGAAUAAUUUUGCCAAUGUGUGUAAAUUUUUCAGGUCAUUAGUAGUUUCUCAAAUCAAUGUAGUUUUCCCCGUGCGCAAUUGUGUUGUAGCUGUAUAUAUAGGCCUGUACUCAUAUGACCAGCUCCUAGAUUUAUUAUUGAAUA